UUUUAAACCAUCUGUAAGUGCUUAUUUUUACUUCAGUAAUCUUUUGGUGGUCGUUUUUUCCAAUCUCUCUGCUUCUCACAAGCCUUUUUGCAUUGCACGCCAUGUGUUUGACAGAAGUCCCGAGUUAGUUUCAAUACUGUGAACUUACGAUAAUUUCGCCUCAAAUUUACACCAUGCAACGUUUAUCGUCGAGAAUAUCGAGAGCCAAAUUCUCCUUGCUAACAACUCUCUUUGCCGAAAGACAUUGUAAGAACACUUUCACUACAUUUGUUGGUAACCCUGGUUUCCAUAAACAGCAACAGCAAAAUGCGAUUCCAUGCGAUUUCUUGAAAUGGGCUUCACUUGGUUUUUAUAGAACCUCAAGGUUCGCUACUGGGUUCACGCCGUUGCAGCCAAAGCCAUUGGAUUCGAUCAUUGAUAUCCAGAGAGCCAAGGAUAAAUCAUCCGACGACCUUGCUUCCAUUUGGGACGAUUAUCACAUAGGAAGGGGCCACAUUGGUGCAAGUAUGAAAGCCCAACUAUAUCAUUUGUUGGAGCACAGAGCAAGGGAUUGCCGAUAUUUUGUAAUUCCAUUGUGGAAAGGAAGUGGUUAUACUACAAUGUUCACUCAAGUGCAAUUGCCACACAUUCUUUUUACUGGACUUGAAGAUUACAAGGCGAGAGGAACUCAAGCAGCCCCUUACGUCACUGUAACAUUUUACACAGACUUUGCAGAGACCAAGGAUCUGGUGCUUAUCCGCGGAGAUGUAGUCUUCACCAGUAAGCUCAGUGACUCAGAGGCAGAAUGGCUAUUAGAGACCACCCAGUCUUUUUAUUUGAAUGAUGUGAGGUAUAAGCUGGUGGAACAGUUCAAUAAACAAACUCGUGAUUUCGAAUUUAAGGAUGUCCUAUGCACCUUGAACAUGCCGGUCUUGUGAUUUCACCAAAAGUUAGUUCUUCCUAAUAACUGUAGAACUGUAGAAGUGAAGGGUUCAAUCAGCAGCAAUAAGGUUGCAGAGAAAUAUUGUUCUCCUUAAUUUAAAAUUUUCUUGUUUCACCAUGUAUACUUUUCACUUAUAGAUUUACUUGAUUUAUAAUUUUAUGUUUCAUCUUGUAUUGAGAACAUUGGUUUUGUUACUUCAUGUUCAAUACCAUGGUGCUUUGAAAUGA